GUUUAUGGCCACAAGAACCAUAAACAUGAAAUCUUAUUACCUCAAAAUCUUGUAUUUAAGAACCUGCAUCAGUCUUCUUCAUCACACCGUCCUCUGCCGAGCUUUCUCUUCCGUUCUUUGAUCAGCACAUAACUUCGACAUGAAGACUGUCAUCGCUCUUCUUCUCUGCGCCCUGGUGGCCAGCGCCAUGGGAGGUUACCUCUUGGGAGGAGGUUAUGGCGGUUACGGCGGUUAUGGCGUCGGCCUUGGCGGCUUGGGUGGUGCUGGCUACGGCGGUCUUGGCUACGGAGCCGGUUAUGGCGGUCUUGGCUACGGAGCCGGAUAUGGCGGUCUUGGCUACGGAGCCGGUUAUGGCGGUCUCGGCUAUGGCGGCCUCGGCUAUGGCGGCUAUGGCUAUGGCGGCUAUGGCAAAAGGGGUUAAACUGUUUUGAAAGCAGUUGCCUAUCCACUCUGAAUUAAUAAAUACGUGGUGAUCCGAUGAACUUUGCUUGCAUUGUUGAUUUGUGUACGUCUCCUUUUAGCAAAUGUUAGCACAGCUUAAAGAUGGUCGCUAUAAUACUAUAAAUAAAGUGUUCAAAAUCAACA